UUCAUUCCCAGCAGAUGCCGGUCCUUGGGGCUGCUCCGCAGACGCUCCUGCCAGCCCAGGCGACGGCCGGUCCAUCUCAGGAGGCAAUCAGCCGGCUAGCCCAGCAAGCGGCCGGUCGCCCUGAGGUUUGCGCUAGUUUGACUUGGCCUCCUUCCGAAGCCAUGCCUAACGCAGCAGCCCUGGGAGAAGAGUCGUGACUCCCGCCUUCAGGGAUAACCUAAGAGCCGCCUCCGUUUGUUCUUCCCCGCAACCUGCCCCCCUCCCCCUCGCGCACCACAAUUGGAGGUCCAGGAAUCCGUCUUCUUCUCUUUGCGAUCUGGGGCUUGUUCUUUCCUUCUCCGCUUCCCGCGAAAGAGAAUUAUGCUUGGCUCAAACCGUCUGGCAAGCUCCGCUAGGAUUGCCAGCGCUCCCGAAGGCACCAGACGAGCGUCCCAGGGCAGGCCAGUCCGCUCCCGCCUCGCUUUGCCUUUGCUGCUGACUCUGUUGAUUCUCACGCCGCGGGUGGACUCAUCGUGGUGGUAUAUUGGGGCCCUAGGCACAAGGGUGAUCUGUGAUAACAUACCAGGACUAGUCAAUAAACAGCGGCACUUGUGCCAGAGUUACCCAGAUAUCAUGCAAUCCAUAGGGGAAGGAGCUAAAGAGUGGAUUCGGGAAUGCCAGCACCAAUUCCGUCACCAUCGUUGGAACUGCAGCACUUUGGACAGAGACCACACCGUUUUUGGCAGAGUCAUGCUCCGAAGUAGUAGAGAAGCAGCCUUCGUCUAUGCAAUCUCCUCAGCUGGAGUUGUAUAUGCCAUCACCCGGGCCUGCAGCCAAGGGGAGCUGAAAGCCUGCAACUGUGAUCCCCAUAAGCGGGGCCGCUCAAAGGAUGACAGAGGGGACUUUGACUGGGGGGGCUGCAGUGACAACAUCAAUUACGGCAUAAAGUUUGCAAAGGACUUUGUGGAUGCCAAAGAGAAAACAGUGAAAGAUGCCCGUGCUUUAAUGAAUCUGCAUAACAAUCGUUGUGGCAGAACGGCUGUGAAGCGUUUCCUGAAACUAGAAUGCAAAUGUCAUGGUGUCAGUGGUUCCUGUACCUUAAGGACUUGCUGGCUGGCAAUGUCAGACUUCCGCAAAACAGGAGAUUAUCUUCGGAAAAAAUACAAUGGUGCCAUCCAAGUGACUAUGAACCAAGAUGGCUCCGGAUUUACUGUGGCCAAUAAGAACUUCCGGAAGCCCACAAAAACUGACCUUGUAUAUUUUGAGAACUCUCCUGAUUAUUGUUUGAUGGAUAAAUCUGCAGGUUCCCUAGGAACUGCUGGUCGUGUGUGCAACAAGGUAUCACGUGGGACUGAUGGAUGUGAAGUCAUGUGUUGUGGAAGAGGUUAUGAUACCACUCAAGUAACUCGAGUCACUAAAUGCGAGUGCAAAUUCCAUUGGUGUUGCGCUGUUCGCUGCAAAGAAUGUGAAGACACCGUAGACAUUCACACGUGUAAAGCACCAAAGCGUGCAGAAUGGAUUGAUCAAACUUGAGACAGUGCUGGACAGAUCCAGAAAAGGAAAGGAAAGCUGGUGCUGUGUCACCUGUGGGCCUGAGAAUUCUGGGAGUUAUAGUUCAACUGCAUUGCAUUUAUUUAACUCAUUCUGAAAAAACAAAGAGAAGAUUAUAUUUCUCAAGGGGCAUUAGUGGGCUCCUUUGCUCACCAAGCAGAUUUUCAUAUCCCUACUUUUUAAAAAAUGAAUUAGCAAAUGACAGUGAACUGUGCAGCUUUCUCUACUUGGUAUUACUGUUCCAAAAUGGGAGAGUGAAGUUGCUGAUAAACAUAGGACAUUAAGAAUCAGGCUGUGAUUUAGUGCCUCAUUCUAAAAAAAAGUUUACACAGUAAACUAUAAAUACCAUAUGCACCCAAAAGUAGGAGAAAACAACCACAGUUUUUUUAUCCAACUCGGAAUAAGCACAUUAUUUUCAUCUUUCAAACAGAGAUCACCAUGCCUGCAUUAUGGACACCAGCUGAAAAACAGCAACUUUGUGUAAAAGGACUUUCAUUAUAUUUCCUCUCCAACUGAAAUUAAACUAUGGAAAUAUAAAAUUGUUUUCAAAAAGAAAAUCAAUUCUACAGAGGGGAAAGAAUAAAAAAAAGGUGAAAGAAAGUUGAGACUAUGUGUAUGUGUCUGGACAAGUUGUAGGUUCUAAAAGAAGCUAAUAUAACAUUUGUUUAAAAUAAAUCUACUUAUUAUAUGCAUUGCUUUAAAUGCUUCAGAUAAACAGCAUACAAAAGUAUUACCAGAAAAAUUUUCUCUUGGAUUUGGUGAAUUUCUGCACUUACAUGGCUAAUUCAUGGCUAAUUGGGUAAGUGAUGGGGUAAGUGAUGGAUAAGUCUAGUUCUUCAUUAUUGUUUCAACUCUGUCAACUCUGUGUUUUUUGACCACUGAAUCAAAGAAACAUUCUUGAGAAAUAGGACAUCCUUAUAACUUCAAGAUAACCACAAAUAUCUGCAAUCAUGGUUUUUAUAACUUCUUUUCUUUUCUUUUUUUGGCCAUGUCUCAUUGUGGCCAUUCUGAUAUUCUACCUUUUCCCACAGCCUGACAAGCUGUGUUUGGGCCUGCACUAAGCUUAUCAUGUACAACCACUGUCAUAUCCUUGGCUUCCUUUUGCUUCUAGAACCUUUGGAAUGGAAUAAAAAAAAUCAGCUCAGAAGAUUAAAUCUCCGGUCCCAAUGAUCAUCCCAGAUUGGAUCUUGCCAAAAGAAACCCCAAAAUCAGUCUCCAAUAUUAUUACUUUGGAAAUCUCACAAAAGCACACAAAAAUCCAAACAUAAUCUGAUUAUCUUUGGACCAGCUGAUCCAGAAUUCAGCAGCAUGCAGACUUUUGAGUGUCCCAUAGUUCACCCAAGUAACCUCUGCAUGAGCUGCCCUGAUUUCUAGUUGCUUUCUGGGUGCAAUUCAAGUGCUGGUUAUCAUUUUUAAAGUCCUACAUGGAACAGGGCUAGUUUAUUUGUGGGACCACCUCUUCCUGAGGGUAUCUCCCUGAGGCCUGAUCUACUAGGUUAGAUAGAUGGGUACAAUCCAGAUCCCCUCCCUUAAAUAUUUCCACUUGAUGCCACUUGAUGGGACCUUGGAGCUGCACUUUCUCAGUAGUUGCUCCAGCCCUUUGAACAGCCUCCCACUUGAGAUCUGAGGGAUCUCUUCCCUUUUAGCUUUCUGGAGGACUGUCCAAGACCUGGAUUUUCCCCAAGCCAUUGUAGUAAGAUAGGGUUGAUCUGUUGAGACAUUUAGUCUGCCAUUGAUGGAGGAGUGUAUCUUUGUUUUUAACUACAUCUUAUGGAUUGUUGUGACUUACCUAGAGUCAUUGUAUGAGAUAGGCAACCACAUAAGUCCUGUAAAUAAAUAAAUAAACUCUAAUCUAUGACCGGA